AAGCGGUGAGUCGGGGUAGAGCGGGAGGCGGCCAUUGCACGAUGGCGUUGCCGGGACGGUGUUGACCAGAGCGAGAAUAGCCUCUUGCACUAGAAGUAUCUUCCGUCUCCCUUGGAAACAGCCAGAGCGACAGCAAGAAACUGAGAGGCCACCAUGGGGCACGUGUGCGCCGAGAACGCAUCAUCGAAUAGCACCAGCUUCUUUCUCCAAAUCGUCGAACACCCAGACGGCACCGUGACCCGUCCCGUCAGCCCGCUCGCUCCGCCCUCCGGCGAACAAUCCGACGCGCCUGUGAUCUCCAAAGACGUCCCUCUCAAUCCCACCAAGAACACCUGGCUACGGAUCUACCGCCCCAAUCCCCUUCCUCCCACCAGAAAGCUCCCUGUAGUUAUCUACUUCCACGGCGGCGGCUUUGUCAUCUUCAGCGCCGCCACCGCCUUCUACCACAACUCCUGCGAGGCGAUGACCCGCGCAGUCUCCGCUCUGGUCAUCUCGCUCGAGUACCGGCUCGCCCCGGAGCACCGCCUCCCCGCGGCGUACGAGGAUGCCGUGGAGACGGUGCUUUGGGUCCAAUCUCAGGCUCGAGACCCGACGGGGGGAGACCCGUGGGUGACAGGCCAUGGGGAUUUCUCCCGCUGCUUUCUGAUGGGCAGCAGCGCCGGAGCUAACAUGGCCUACCAUGCCGGGCUGCUCGCCACGGCUCUGGAGCUGUUGCCCCUACGGCUGCUCGGUUUGAUCCUCAACCAGCCCUACUUUGGCGGCGUGGAGCGGACUCCGUCGGAGACGAGAUCCGAGGAGGACAUCAUACUCCCUCUCCGCGCCAACGACAUGCUGUGGCACCUGGCCCUGCCCAAGGGGGCGGAUAGAGACCACGAGUUCUGCAACCCUGCGGUGGCAGUCCCGCCGGAACUGAGGCACCUGCCGAAGUGCCUGGUGAAAGGCUUCGAGGGGGAUCCACUGGUGGAUCGACAGCGGGAGUUUGCGAAGAUGCUGGAGAGAGAAGGGGCGAGCGUCGUGGUGCAAUUUGACGAGGGAGGGUUCCACGCCGUGGAGCUCUUCGAUCCGGCGACCGCGGAGACCCUGUUUGCUGAGGUGCGGCAGUUCAUUUCCGGCGGCUGCUAGUGCGCAUUGAACUCUCUGAAUAAGACACGUACGUACGUACGUAUGCAUGUCAUAAGUUCUCCAAGCAACGAUUGCACGACCUUUCUGUGUUCUGAUGUGUUCUUCGAGCACUAAAAGAUGGUUUCGUUGGUUACUGGGAAUUCGAUUUGCUCAGUCAUAAGAGAAAAUAAAUCACACGUAACGUAUUCGCUUCUUUC